GGGAGGAGUUCAGGGAAACGCUGUCUAUUUUCCUGUGUCUUGUGUUUUAAUGAGAUAAGCCAUGCCUGUCCUCUCACCCACCACAGGCCUGCAUGAGAUGCUAGCGUUGCUUACGUCUCAGCUGCACCCUGGAGCAAAUCACAAAGAGGAUCUGGUGUUCCUCCGAGAGGUUUUCAGUGAGAGGAGCCUUGGCUACCUAAUGAGAAUUCAUGAGUGCCUCAGGCAGUAUGAAGAGCAGAGUCCGACGCCUGUGCUCCACAGUGCUGCCUGCCUGGCAGAGGAUGUUGCUGAAGAGCUGCAGAAUGGGCCACUAGAAGGAGACGAGAAGGAGCUGCUUAUGCUUCUGACUACUCCACAUGUGAAGGCUGUGCUAACAGUGCACGACACAGUAGCGCAGAAGAGCUUCGAUCCCGUUCUACCUCCACUGCCUGAUGAUCUAGACGAUGAACUAGAGGAGGAGUCGGUCAAGAUUGUUCGUCUAGUGAAGAGCAAGGAGCCUCUAGGUGCGACCAUCCGCAGGGAUGAGAUCACCGGAGCAGUGGUGGUCGCUAGGAUUAUGAGGGGCGGGGCUGCUGACCGCAGUGGGCUGGUCCACGUGGGAGAUGAGCUCAGGGAAGUCAACGGAAAUCUCAUCGCCCACAAGCGGCCUGAUGAGAUCAGUCAAAUUUUGUCUCAGUCUCAGGGCUCCAUCACGCUGAAGAUAAUCCCUGCCAUUAAGGAGGAGGACAAACACAAGGAGAGUACGGUUUAUUUAAGGGCCCUAUUUGACUACACCCCAUUUGAAGACAAGGCCAUACCUUGCCAAGAGGCAGGACUUCCUUUCCUGCGAGGUGACAUCCUGCAGGUGGUCAGUCAGGAUGAUCCGACAUGGUGGCAGGCCAAACGUAUGGGUGACAGCAACCUGCGUGCUGGUCUUAUCCCUUCAAAACACUUCCAACAGAGGCGCCUGGCACAUAGGCUGAAAACUGGCACUUACCAGAAUCCUAAGUCACCAAGUGCACCACUCUAUGGCCAGGCUUGCGAUAAAGAGGACUGUGACUGUGAGGGCAGUGGAGAGCAUAUAGCAAGUCUGAGGAGAAGUUUCCGGUUAAGUCGUAAGGAUCGACACAGCACACCUGAAGACUCUCAGCCUGCAGAGUCUGGGGAACCCAAGUUUCUUGUGUAUGAAGAGGUCACCCGCUAUCAUCAGAAGCCUUCAGACAAACCCAGACUGGUGGUGUUAAUUGGGUCUCUGGGUGCUCGAAUCAAUGAACUGAAACAAAGAGUGAUUGCUGAGAACCCACAUCGAUAUGGAAUAGCUGUACCACACACCACUCGGCCCAGGAAGAGCCAUGAAAAAGAGGGUGUUGAAUACCACUUCAUCUCAAAGCAGGCCUUUGAAGCAGACAUUCAGAGUAACAAGUUUAUAGAGUGUGGAGAGUAUAAAGAGAACCAAUAUGGGACAAGCUUGGAGUCUGUUCGGGGUGUACUGGCUAGAAAUAAAACAUGUUUGGUAGAUGUUCAACCAGAGGCUUUAAAAAUCCUUCGCACAGCUGAGUUUAAGCCCUAUGUGAUAUUUGUCAAGCCAUUCAUCCGUGAGAGCCACCACCAUUGCAGCAGAGACACAUCACCAUCAGGAGGCGACACUGGACACCUCACAGAGGAAGAGCUUCAGGAGAUGCAUCAUUCAGCUGAACAGCUGGAGCAGCAGUACGGCCACCUGGUGGACAGGGUCCUAGUGAAAGAAGACUCCACCAGCGCUUGUGCAGAACUCAGAAGCAUCCUUGAUCGACUGGAGAGAGAGCCGCAAUGGGUUCCAGUCAGCUGGGUUCGAACAUGAAUCCUUUCUCAGUUUGUAACAGGGUGCUCAUAAACCUGACUGCCUCUGCGUCAACCACAGAAGUGCAUCUAAAAUACUGUUUUGUAGCUGUGCUAAUAGAGCCUCAAGUCUUGCAUGAAGUCAUGUCUUGCAUCCAUCAAGCAAAGCUCAGGCUCAACAGUGCAACUGAGGGAAUUUAAACAUGAGCAUCCAUGCAGACAGAAAUUUCAUGUACAGACAAAGUGUUACUUAUUUAAACUCUGCGCUCACCAGUAGAUGCCAGUACAACUGGGGCAUCAGUUAAUAUUGGACAG